CCUCGGCGCAUGUGCGAGAGAAGGCGCAGGCGCAGUGUUGCCGCACCCCCCAAAAACCCGAGACCAAGAUGGCGGCGCGCAGGCCGGUGCGGGGAAGUUGAGGGUGCUUGAGGCUCAGCGGCGGGUUCCCGCGCGCAGAUAUCGUAACCUUAAGAAUGCAGUCGGUUUGUCAGAGAGUUGGCACUUGUUCCUCAUGUUUGAAGCGACAACUAAAUGUCUUCCUGGGAUUAAUUAAAUGGCAGAGAAGACUGGUUCCCGCUUGUGUCAGAACUAUUUACAGUGAGACGGGGAAAUGGGAAAAAAACUAUGGGUUGCAGACAAGAAAAAGAGUUGAAAAUUGGUGGCUCCCAAGAAUAAAGGAUCAGUUCUGCAAAAUUUCAGAAACUGAUAAAUCAAGACCAAAGUUUUAUGUGCUUUCUAUGUUCCCAUAUCCUUCCGGAAAACUUCACAUGGGCCAUGUUCGUGUCUACACCAUAAGUGAUGCCGUAGCUCGGUUCCAGAAAAUGAGAGGGAUGCAGGUGAUAAAUCCAAUGGGAUGGGAUGCAUUUGGUUUACCAGCAGAAAAUGCUGCCGUUGAACAUGGGCUUCACCCUGCAAGCUGGACACAAAGUAAUAUUCAACACAUGAGGGAACAGUUUGAUGCACUAGGUCUGUCUUUUACGUGGGAAAGGGAAAUAAUGACUUGCUUACCAGAGUACUACAAAUGGACCCAAUAUCUCUUUCUUAAGCUUUUUGAAGCUGGGCUGGUGUAUCAAAAAGAGGCUUUGGUUAAUUGGGAUCCAGUGGAUCAGACCGUUCUAGCUAACGAACAAGUGGAUGACAAUGGUUGUUCAUGGCGUUCAGGAGCUAAAGUGGAACAGAAAUACCUCAAGCAGUGGUUUAUCAAAACCACUGCUUAUGCAAAGGCUAUGUUUGAUGCUUUGUCCGAUCUCCCCGAGUGGUAUGGUAUAAAAGAAAUGCAAGCAAAUUGGAUUGGUGACUGUGUUGGAUGCUCUCUUGACUUCUUGCUAAAGGUUAAUGGUCAAGUAACAGGAGAGAAGCUGGCAGCUUACACCUAUACCCCUGAAGCCAUUUAUGGAGCUUCCCAUAUAGCCAUCUUACCAAGUCACAGCCUGCUGAAUGGGAAUAGCAGUCUCAAGGAAGUCUUUCAGAGGGAGUUAAUCCCAGGGAAAGACUCCCUUACUUCAGUGACAGCUGUGAAUUUGCUUACCAAUCAGGAGAUUCCUGUAGUCAUUUCAGCAAAAAACAAUUUUGAGAAUUUUCUCACUACUAAAAUAGGAAUACCUAGUACAAGUGCAGAAGAUGCUGCAGUAGCAAAGGAUCUGGGCAUUUCUUUUACUGAAGUCAUUGAGACAUUGCCAAAUGGUUUGGAGAAAGUCAUUAAUUCUGGGGAGAUCACAGGCAUGACUCGUCAGGAGGCUUUAAAAGCUGUUACCCAGCAAGCCAAAACUAAAGGAAUAGGUGGAGACCUAACGAGUGACAAGUUAAGAGACUGGUUAAUAUCUCGACAGCGGUACUGGGGAACACCUAUUCCUGUCAUUCACUGCCAGACAUGUGGCACUGUCCCCGUACCUUAUGAAGACUUGCCUGUGGUGUUGCCAAACGUGACCACCUUCACGGGAAAGGGAGCCUCCCCUUUGGAAAGUGCUCCAGAAUGGGUGAACUGUCCCUGUCCCAGGUGUAAGGCAGCAGCACGGCGGGAAAUCGAUACCAUGGAUACAUUUGUCGAUUCUGCUUGGUACUACCUGAGGUACACUGACCCUCACAACACGGACAGGCCCUUUAAUAGCGACUUAGCAGAUUACUGGAUGCCUGUGGAUUUGUACAUCGGAGGAAAGGAGCAUGCAGUUAUGCACUUAUUCUAUGCAAGGUUUUUCAACCAUUUUUGCCGUGACUUAAAGAUGAUAAAACACAAGGAGCCUUUCCAUAAACUCUUGGUUCAAGGUCUUAUCAAGAAUCAGACAUUCAGACUAACAACAACAGGCCAGUGUUUGAAGAGAGAGGAGGUUGAUCUCACUGGAACUGAGCCAGUUCACCUAAAAACUGGUGAGAAGCUCCAAGUUGCUUGGGAAAAAAUGAGCAAAUCUAAGCACAAUGGAAUAGACCCUGAAGAGUUAGUGAAAGAAUAUGGCAUUGACACCCUACGUCUUUACAUUCUGUUUGCUGCUCCUCCAGAACAGGAUAUUUUGUGGGAUACUAAAACUGAUGCUAUGCCAGGUGUUCAGAGAUGGCAGACCCGCCUCUGGAUGCUUGUAACCAAACUUAUUGAAGCAAGAACUUCUGGAACGACUCCCAAUCGAGAGCUUCUGAAUAAGAAAGAGAAGGCUGAAGCCAGAAAGAUCUGGGAGCAGAAGAAUUUCGUGAUUUCUGAGGUAACAGAGUGCUUCACAAAGGAUCAUUUGUUCAACGCUGCUAUUUCCCGGUUGAUGAGCCUCACUAACAUACUCCAUCAAGCUUCUCGGCCUCUAAUUCUCCACAGUGCAGAAUUUGAAGAUGCUUUGGCUACACUCUGCAUCAUGGUUGCACCCAUGGCUCCACACAUUGCAUCGGAAAUGUGGAAAGGUUUGGCACAUAUGCAGAAUAAACUUUGUACUCAUCAUCACUGGGAUGUUGAUGUGCUGCAUCAGUCCUGGCCCAAAGUAGACCCAGAGUACCUUCAGCCAUCAGAUGUUGUGGAGAUGUCUGUUCUGAUCAAUAACAAAGCUUGUGGCAAAGUUCCUGUGCCUCAGCAAGCAGCCCGCAAUUUUGAAGAAGUCCAUGAGCUAGUUCUUCAAAGUGAGCUUGGAGCCAAGCAUCUCCAAGGAAGAACCAUUAAAAAGGCCUUUCUGUCUCCAAGGACUGCCCUUAUCAACUUCUUAGUGCAAGAAUAGCGAAGAAUCUGCUGGACUAUAAAAGGGAACUGGAAUCUUUAGAGAUUAAACCAAUUCAAAAAUACCAGAUAUGGUUAUAUAGAUCUCAUGUAACGAUGGGGAAAGACGUGUUGUUAAAAUCAGGUUGCUGCUAAAUCUUCAUUUCAGUGUGGAGAAAUGCAUGGAAUUAAAGUUUCUUAUCAGGUCACAGA